UUUGGUCCCUCGAGCGAGAUGCGAGCUGUGUGCGUCGACGUCAGCGUGCUGACGUCACGGGCCGGAGGUCCCGGGGCUGCUGGGUGCGGGCGGUGGGCUGCGCGUCGUCCGCUGGACUGGGUCCCGGUCACGCCCCGCCAAGCCCCGCCCCUCAGGCCGGGGCGCGACCGCGGAUCCGCAGUUCCCGGGCCAGCCUGGGGCGGCCGGCCAGGAACCACCCGUUGAGAUGGAAUCACUGAAUUCAUCACUUGACACAGUACUAGUUUGGAUAAGUUUAGCAAGGUGUCUUCUCUUUAGGGAUGGUGAGGUUGGAAAAAGGCUCCUGUAACCCUCCUCCAGGAUGAACCACCUGCCAGAAGACAUGGAGAACGCUCUCACCGGGAGCCAGAGCUCCCAUGCUUCUCUGCGCAACAUCCAUUCCAUCAACCCCACACAACUCAUGGCCAGGAUUGAGUCCUAUGAAGGAAGGGAAAAGAAAGGCAUAUCUGAUGUCAGGAGGACUUUCUGUUUGUUUGUCACCUUUGACCUCUUAUUUGUAACGUUACUGUGGAUAAUAGAGUUAAAUGUGAAUGGAGGCAUUGAGAACACAUUAGAGAAGGAGGUGAUGCAGUAUGACUACUAUUCUUCAUAUUUUGAUAUAUUUCUUCUGGCAGUUUUUCGAUUUAAAGUGUUAAUACUUGCAUAUGCUGUGUGCAGACUGCGCCAUUGGUGGGCAAUAGCGUUGACAACGGCAGUGACCAGUGCCUUUUUACUAGCAAAAGUGAUCCUUUCGAAGCUUUUCUCUCAAGGGGCUUUUGGCUAUGUGCUGCCCAUCAUUUCAUUCAUCCUUGCCUGGAUUGAGACGUGGUUCCUGGAUUUCAAAGUGUUACCUCAAGAAGCAGAAGAAGAAAACAGACUCCUGAUAGUUCAGGAUGCUUCAGAGAGGGCAGCACUUAUACCUGGUGGUCUUUCUGAUGGUCAGUUUUAUUCCCCUCCUGAAUCUGAAGCAGGAUCUGAAGAAGCUGAAGAAAAACAGGACAGUGAGAAACCACUUUUAGAACUAUGAGUACUACUUUUGUUAAAUGUGAAAAACCCUCACAGAAAGUCAUCGAGGCAAAAAGAGGCAGGCAGUGGAGUCUCCCUGCCGACAGUAAAGUUGAAAUGGUGACGUCCACUGCUGGCUUUAUUGAACAGCUAAUGAAGAUUUAUUUAUUGUAAUACCUCACAGACGUUGUACCAUAUCCAUGCACAUUUAGUUGCCUGCCUGUGGCUGGUAAGGUAAUGUCAUGAUUCAUCCUCUCUUCAGUGAGACUGAGCCUGAUGUGUUAACGAAUAGGUGAAGAAAGUCUUGUGCUGUAUUCCUAAUCAAAAGACUUAAUAUAUUGAAGUAACACUUUUUUAGUAAGCAAGAUACCUUUUUAUUUCAAUUCACAGAAUGGAAUUUUUUUGUUUCGUGUCUCAGAUUUAUUUUGUAUUUCUUUUUUAACACCCUACAUUUCCCUUGUUUUUUAACUCAUGCACAUGUGCUCUUUGUACAGUUUUAAAAAGUGUAAUAAAAUCUGACAUGUCAAUGUGGCUAGUUUUAUUUUUCUUGUUUUGCAUUAUGUGUAUGGCCUGAAGUGUUGGACUUGCAAAAGGGGAAGAAAGGAAUUGCGAAUACAUGUAAAAUGUCACCAGACAUUUGUAUUAUUUUUAUCAUGAAAUCAUGUUUUUCUCUGAUUGUUCUGAAAUGUUCUAAAUACUCUUAUUUUGAAUGCACAAAAUGACUUAAACCAUUCAUAUCAUGUUUCCUUUGCGUUCAGCCAGUUUCAAUUAAAAUGAACUAAAUUAUA